ACCGGGGAGAAUCAGGAAGUGACGCCGCUCGUAGCGCACGGAAGACCCGGGACUGGCGCGCCAAAUUUCAAAGCACUUCCUCCCGGACGAAGGCGACAGCCCGCACUGAAGCUCGCACGGAAACCUCCAGGGAACGACGGAGACGCGAAAAUAACCCGUAAAAGCUGAAGUUAGCGGCGGUGUGAGCGUUGAGGCGGCUGCUGGAGGAGCGGAUGCGGGGAUUGGAGCUGCAGGUCGCGGAGGAAAACGCUGCGCCGCUCCGCUCUGUCAUUGUUAUCGAUCAUCAGCUCUUCCCUCUCUGGCUUGAACCUCCAGUGAUUUUCUGUCUUUUAAAGCAGAUUUCAAAGUAAAAGUCCCAGCUGCAGGGUUGGGAGCAGGUUUUGGCGUUUAAUCCAUCCGUCUUGGCGCUGCAUUAGCGAUGCUGUGACUCACCUGCCGUCCACGUUCACGCGCCUCUUAGUGUUUGAACUGGCAGCUUGGCAGUCCCCUCUCCGCAGGGGAUUUGGUCUGUGUGAGCCGGGCUCAUAAGCAGAGCAGGAGCUCAUUUUCACCCUCUUCCACUCGGCUCCAGCUCCUCAUUACUCAUUCAUUUAUGCGCAGCGUGGCGGCCGCUCUGCAUGCUAAUGGAAGCAYCUGUUGCUGAGCGCCGCUGCACCUGCCUGUGACCUUCACGUUUCUAUCCACCGGCUCGGCUUUCUGCGCCGACUCUCAGCUUGGCUGCUCUCCACUUACUCACAGGUGUGUCUGAAAAUGGAUCUGGGCCGGCUGUAGCUCAGGGCCGGUCACAGAUCAGGGGGCGGCCUCAGCCAUGCUGAACGGGGCGCAGCCGUGCUUCCAGCUGCUGCGGAUCGGCCUGUCCACAGGCGACUCCGCGCGGGACCUCUACACGUUCCGGCCGGCGCUGAACCGCUCCGUGUUCCGCCUGGGCCGGGCCGCCGAGCUGUGCGACGUCACGCUGGACUCGGCUUCGGUGUCGCGCAUCCACGCAGAGCUGCACGCCGAGAAGGAGGCGAGCGAAGGCGACGAGGACGAGGAGGCGCCGCCGCAGGAGGAGGGCUGGAGGGUUCACAUCAAAGACAGGAGCAGCCACGGAACCUGGGUGAACGACGUUCUGCUGCAGCCGGGCGUCCUGUGGGAGCUGUCAGACGGCGACACGCUCACCUUCGGAGAUCAGUCAGCUCCAGGAAGUCCAGAGUUCUACUUCCUCUUCCAGAAGGUCAAAGUUCGACCCCUGGACUUUGAUGCCAUCACAAUUCCGAAGGCAGGAACAUUUUCCUCUGACUUGCAGAACCGCAUCAGGACCAACUUGGACCGCAAAUCAGCCGACAACCUGGACCUCUCCAAGAUGUCCAUCAACCGGGCCACGGUCAUCCUGAACUCCAUCGGCAGCCUGAGUAAGAUGAAGGGCCGGGCCUGGACCUUUCAGAGGAGCCACAGCCACGAGGGGGCCGUGUCCGACCCGGGGACCCCGUCCUCCUCCUCUCCGCUGGGCUUCUCCUCGCUGCUUCCCUCCGCCACGCGCCCGGCGUUUUCCCCCAGCGCCGCCGCUCCUCUGAAGCCCCUGCAGACGGCGUCCAGGAGCAGGAGGAAGUCUGCUCACACCGUGCUGCUGGAGGACGACAGCUCCGACGAGCCCCGAGGGCGAGGAGCUGUGACAGGAGUGGUGGAGGACGGACCGAGAUCCAGACCCAAGAAGAGACGGAGACUCUACAAAUCUGAGUCUGAAGGUUUCAGCUCUCCUCCGCCUCCGCCGCUGCAGCCCAAGCUCCACGGCGACAUCCGGCGUCCGCUGGAGRCCAAGCCCUUCCCGGUGGGCAUCCGGACCAUCGGCAGCUUCCACGGCGCCAUGACCAACAGCCGGCUGAACCAGCAGCUGCUGCAGGCGUCCUUCACCAGCGUGGUUCCCCACAGACAGGAAGUGGACACCGCGCACCGCGUCAAGACCGUGGUGAACGGAACCAUCGCCGCUUUCCGCCAGCAGAAACCGGUGGCGCAGCGAGGCAGGCGGAGGGCCAACAGCUCGCCGGUGUUCUCCCCCCUGGUGGUGGGAGGAGAGAACUACAGCCUGGCUUCGCCCACAGUGAGGAUUCGAACCGACGACAGAGGAAGGAUGCAGUUCAACCGAUUCCACCACCAAACAGCUAAACGCCGCGGCCGGCCCAGAAAACACCCGCUGCCCCCUCGACCCUCGCUGCCCUCUCCCUCCUCCUCCUCUUCCUCCUCCACCUCUUCUGCCUCCUCUUCCUCCGGCUCAUCCUCGUCUUCCUCCGAGGACGAGGACGACGAUGAAGAUGAGGAUGGCGGUGUGGCGGCGGGGCCGGUGGAGCCGUGCGCGGCGCUGCGCUGCCGGCUGCCGCAGCAGGACACGGUGCAGUGGAUCCAGUGCGACGUGUGCGACGCCUGGUACCACAUCGACUGUCUGCAUGUGGACCGGAAGAAACUGCUGAUGGAUCCCAACGCCGACUUCCACUGCGGCUGCCGCUGAGGCGACCCGCGGGGCCCGCGGAGCAUUUUCACCCAUACAUGUUUAAUUCUUUUAGUGCUAAAAACAUGAAAUGAAAACUAGAGCAGCAGCUUUCCGAGCCUCAGUGCCGCUCUGGAGCUYCAGAGGAAAACUAAUGAAAUGUCUCUGCCUGGAGAGCCGGGAUCAGGACGGGAACGCUCGAUGAAACGUUUAAGCCCCUUCCUGCUGCAUUCAGGAAGAUUAAUGAAAUGUUUUUUAACAGAAUAAACUUUCCUCCGAUCUCCCCCGUUUGCUGACGCAGCCGCCCCACAGAUGAUCAGACUUCCCUGGGUGGGAGCGGCGGCGGCGGCGUGGGCGGCGGAGCAAUUAAAACCCGUCAGCAGGCUGCUGCAGCUGCUGAGACGAGAUCUCAGGACGAUCAUCUGAUGUUUGAAAGCACUUCUGCAGGAGCAGCUGCAGGAUUUAAGGAGGAUUGGGUUUUUAUUAAAAUGCAUAGCUGCAGCUGGUCAGAGAAUAUCUCCUAACCACUGAAAUGAUAUGAAAUAUGAACUCCUGAUGGGGGGAAGCAGAUGCUCCGCUCUGGGCCUGAUGGGCUGGUUGGGUGUUUAUGCCACAGAUGAUUUUAUGAUCUUUUCAGCUCACCUUUUCAUGGAUUCCUCACACUACUGAAACUKCAAGCCAAAGUUGGUCGGUUUAUCCUGAAUGUACUCAACUUUUCACAAUCUUCCUUCUUAAUUUCUCUUCUGCUGAACCCAUGUGGGACAAUAUAGCAGGUUUAAAAGAUAAAAUGGGAGAAAAUGUUGGAAAAAAAAAUCCUUUGUUGAUUUUGAAAGGAGGAAAACUUUUUAAAAAAAAAUCUAUUUUUGUUUGGAAUGCAGGUUAAGUUGCUUCGUUUCCACUCAGAGUUUCUGUUUUGCGUUUUAUUGUUGCUGUUUAUUCUCAGCUUUAACCAGACAAUAAGCAGCCGUCKGUAGUUCAUCAAAGGUAAACUUAAUGAACUUUAUAGAACCGGUUUGCAAGUUUAAAUUCAGUAAAUUUAUUCUGAAAAUCUGUUAUUUAGUUGCUCAAACGUUCCAGUUUCUUAAAAUACAUCAGAAAAAUUAUUUUUUAAAAUCGGUUUCUAUUAACUCUCUGACCUCAUUGCAAACGUUAAGGUGCUGUUCAGCUUUUUGCUCCGAUGUUGUUGAAACUUGUUGGGUUUUCUGUUGGUUUUUUUUUACUCAUCUGUUUGGUUUUUCACAGUUUAAUUCAUCUUGCUUGUUGGGUUUAGAUUCUGAAAGAUAAAAAUAUUUAAAAGCAUCACUUCAGCUGCUCAGCUUCACAUAAAGGGAGCAACAUCUUCACCUCGCUGAGCGUUAAACCAGCCUUUUUUCCACUUUCAUGUGGUAAACCCGACUGYUGUAGAUGUUUUACAAAUGAGGUUUUUUUUUUUUAUUUUGCUCCAACACGUGUUAAAAGUCGAAGCUUGACUUGCUGGGAAGUUGAAACGGGUGCAACGUCAGCCACAGGRACCACAAAUGUGAAAACUGUGUAAAGCUUUGUGUUGUAAAUUAUUCAGAGCAGAAACGCCAGGAAGAAACCCUGCAGCUUUGCAAAACAAAUUCAAACUUUUACCUGACUUUGAAUUAGUACUGAAAAUCCUCCUCAGUCUGAAUUYCCUGAACUGUUAUGGAGUAUUUUUAUUCAACAAACUACACGGGAUUUUAGUUUUUUUUCUGGGCUUUGAAUGUUUUUUUUUUGUUUGUUUUUUUUUUGUCGUAUGCAUUUGGUUAUCAGGAAAAUGUGAAAUCUUACUGGUGUCGACAAAUAUUGAGAUAUGAAGUUUGCACACGCUGGGAAAAUGCCGGGUUUCUGUGAUGUAAAGAAUCAAAACAAAUCAUUUUACAGCUACUCCCACCUGUUAAUGUCAGGUUUAAACCGUGUAAUUCAGCUAAAAUACAUAUGAAUCUGAGGGAAUUGUUAAAAAUCUAAAUAAUCUACAGUAGCCUCGUUUUAUUUAUUAUUUAUAUUAAUGACUCUGCAGUUUCUUCCCACUUUGUCCUGAAAGGUUUUCCAAAUSUCUGAUUGUGAWGACAUCACCUGUCUGCAAACUUCUUCAUGUGAGCCAGCUUGAAGAAUUUCAUGUCAGGUUCAGGUMUGGACUUUGACUAGGACRUUCCUCUGAUUGAAACUAUAACUCACUCUGAUGUUUAAAAAUGGGUUAGCUCCWCUUUUAGCUCCUUUCUUGCAGACACCUGAAGGGUUUUGGGGUUGAAACUMAUCAGUUUCAUUCAAUUUUGCAAAAAGAGUUCAGUCUACAGAAUCCAUCAGCAUGAUACUGCCACCACUGUGUUUGCUGUUUAUUGUGUUUUGUAAUUUUGGUCCAGAACUUGUAGUUCAGCCAUGUUACAGCAGAUUUCGGUCCGUCCUGAAUGGUUUCUGUGGAAGGAAGUCUUUGUUUCCUGCAGAACACAACCAGGAUUUUCUAAUUCCUGCUGAUCCUUCAGUAUAAAUCCAUUUUUUUAUGUCAACUUGUCUUUGUAAGGUUAUACUGAUACUUAGUUAGAUCCUUUAGAUUUAAUUUUUAAUCUCUGCAGUUUUUACUUUAACUUAAGGAUGCAGAUGUCAGGAUAAAUCCUACUGAAAUUAAUGUUGGAUUGGUCAAAAUUACCAUUAUUUGUGCUUCAACAAAGUUCUAGUUCAGGUUAUUCCAACUUUUAGUUUUUCCAUUUGUUUAAAGUUGAGAUGAUUUCAUUUGAUCUAAUUCUUCUACAUCACAAAAAAUCUGAUAUUUUAACAGAGUGCGUUUACUUUUCACAUAUUCUGUAUCUUUAAUUCACAUAUUCUGUAUCUUUAAACCAUUAAAACACUUCAUAACUGUUUCAUGAAAAAGGAGAACUGCUCGUCUUUAGUAGCAGCAGAUCAUAAAUCUACAGAUCUGGAAUUUUUUUUUUAAUUAUCACUCCUCCUGUCAUCUUUGGAGACUUUGACAGUUUGUAGCCCGCAGACAUUUUGAUGAUAACUUUGCUUUCGGUCAUGUCUUUGUGUGUCCAGCGUCAGAUUUUUGUCUCCUGAUGAAGCUUGCUCUUGUGAGGUGACCGCUCUAUUAAUGAGCUGCGAAUCAAACGGAUUGUUUAGUAAAUCACUUUGCUUUGAUCCGGAUCUUCACAGCGCUCUGCUUUUAAUUGGCACAUUAAAAACGCCGAACAUCUCAGAGCAGUUUGACUUUGUUGGUUUUCUGAGGUUUGUACAGAAUCGUAAAUCUCCGAUAUGCCACAAGCGUCAGAGUUAUCAGAGAAAUAAAGAUUAUUCAGAAGAUUUA